AUGACAUUGUCUGAUGCCUCUUCCCCUACAUCGCUCACGUCUCCACCUCCACCACUACCCGCCACUCUAAGCACCGACGAUAGAGCUAAAGCAAGAUUUGCCGUAGAGGGUAACGUUGUUGUCACAGGCGGCGCCGGCACUCUCGGUCUCUCAGCCGCACGAGCACUCCUUGAACAUGGUGCCUCUGGCUGCUGUCUCUGGGAUCUGGAGUCGACACUUCGCUCAUCACAAAAUCAACUCGCCACUCUAGCAAAAGACUUUCCGAAAGCCCGUGUCUUCGGCGUAGUGGUCGACGUGACCGAUGCGGAAGCCGUCAAGGAAGGCAUUGAUGCCGUCGUGCAAACGGUCGGCGGCGUUGAUCACCUAUUCUGUUUCGCCGGCAUCGUCGGGUGCGUUCACGCCAUGGACAUGACCGACGUUCAGUGGCGCAAGACCUUGGAUGUCAACGCCACGGGCUCCUUCCUGUGUGCUCAAGCGGCAGCACGGCAAAUGGCUGCGCAGAAGAAGGGCGGGUGCAGCAUCACGCUGACAGCUUCCAUCUCCGCUCAUCGAGUCAAUUACCCGCAGCCCCAGGUAGCGUACAACGUGAGCAAGGCCGCCGUUGUGGCUCUAAAGUCAAGCUUAGCGGCUGAAUGGGCUGUUCAUGGCAUCCGCGUGAACAGUAUCUCGCCAGGCUAUAUGGACACCAUUCUUAAUGCCGGCGAAGGCUCAAUCAAAGAAGCGAGAGAUGUCUGGGCGAGCCGAAACCCGAUGGGCAGAAUGGGUGCUGUGGGUGAGCUGGACGGCAUGUGUGUGCUGUUAGCGAGCAGAGCCGGGAGCUAUAUCAAUGGCGCUGAUAUGGUCAUCGAUGGCGGCGCGAUCGCAUUUUAA